GGUUGGUUUCAGGGUGUUUGGGGCACUUUUUUAAACUGGUUUUAGAAGGCUGGUGCACUUUUCAGCUGUUCAAGUAGUAUUUAACAGGGAUUUUGGUCAUUUUUCAGCUGGUUUAUGGUACUUCACAUUUCAUUUGGUCGGGAUGGUUUUAGACUUUGGAGCACUAGGGGGCCGGCUCAAAGCAGCCAAGACCAGCAAACAGUCUUAGGCUGGUUUGACAUUUUCUUUUCUUUUUUUGCAUACGAAACUCCCAAACGAUGAGUCACCAAAGUUACCUUGAACAGUUUUCUCUAUUUUACACGUUGUUAGUGACUGAGUCAAAGCGCCCUACCUCUUAAACACAGAGGACAAGUCCAUCCGCCCCCAUUCAAUUCACAGAAGCGCUGCGGGGCGAAAUCGCGCUCAGGCGUCGCGCGCUGAGCACGCCAUGCUCUCCACCGGGACCGCAGGAGAAAGACACGCUGAGCCCGUCCUGUGAUUAUCUCCAGUCAGGUGUACAGGCGGAAACAUGCCUGCAUUCCGCUGUCUGGGCAAACGAAGAAAGUAAGGUGUCACGGCUGAUUUGUUUUUAAUAUUCCCAUGUUCCACAUGAGGGAGGUUAAGAUUGGAGAAAGCGUUUGUCUAUCAGUGUUGCUUUUUUCUGGGCUUGUGUCCUGCUCAGGUUAUUUUGGAAGCCCUAUAACAGAUGAUGUGGCCACGUUGGACACACUGAGUGAAAACAUUCCCAGUGACUACAAAAUACCUAUCGAAUUCAUCACCCAGGAUGUGGGUGGAGCUUGCUGGCUAUAUUUGAACCUGUAUAAAGUUGAAAGAAGUUUAAGAACAUUGGCCAAAAAGUUUGGAAACCUGUCCACCAAUAAAGCGAACAUCACUAUUUUUAUAACAAUGCUGGAGGGUUUUCAUUUCACUCUGGACAAAGAGGAGCUGGAGGUGACAAUGCAAACAUUCGAGUGCCACUAUAGAAGGAGAAAGUGGCCGACUAGACGUUACUUUAGCCAUGUUAAAAAGGUCCUUACAGCGGCUGGAUCUAUGCUUGGCAAGUUUGAUGACUGCACACCUCCUCCUUGCCAGAUCCCCACAGCUCCUCCAUUCACACCAGGUCAAAGCAGACAGCAGAGCAGUAUGAACGGAGCGAUUCACGGGCUCUUGGUGUUGUGCAUCAUCCCAAGCAUGGCACUUCUGGUCCUCUCUGUCAGGAUGGUAUUCAGAAGCAGCAACUGUUGUAUGCAAAGAAUGCAUGAAGUCAGCUUCAAUGAGCCCCAUGACGGAGCUGAAGAAAGCAGAACUGGGCCCCACAGCGGAGCUGCACAAGGGGACCCCGAUUCCAGCUCUAGCAGCCAGCAGGACAGGGCGUGGGUGGAUUCUUUAGGGUGUGCAGACACAGAGGUGUAAAUUAAAAAUGCAUGAGGAAACUCUUUGGAAAUGGCAGUAUUUUGUGGUGGAAAUCGCCGGGUUUAUGAAGCGGACAAUGAAGGGAAUAUUGUGGCUGUUCCAGGAGGGAUGCAUGAGAUGUUUCUACACUUACUCAUCAAGCUGUACCUGCUCACCACAAAAAAAAACAAAAAACACAUUAGGCUGAAGAGACGAAUCGCAACGUGUGUCAGGCUUAACCAAUCAAUGAGAGUCUGUUGUUCCGGGAUGCCAGCCUAAAAACUAUGAGAGAAUUUCAUCCGGCAGGAAGUGUGGCUCUUUGAUGAGCGCAUUGGCUGGUCUGCUGCGAUGCCGGCGGCAGCUUGUUGGCUUUGAGGAAUGCCGAUGGUCCUCCAGGCCUCUGCGAGGAGAAUAAAUGGCUUUUUUGUGCCCGCGCCCCAUUGCAUGAAGAUGGUGGUUUAUUUUGCACCAGAAAACAUCUUUGGAACAGAGCACGGGCUUGUCUAGAAACACAUUUGAUUUAGAGUGUGCACAACAGUGCCAAGAUUUUUGGCGUUUACUACUCGUUUAUUAACCAGUAUUAAACCAGAUGAGGUCCUCACAAGAUCCGGUUCUUCUGAAGAGGGAAGGAUCUGAUGGCCCUCGUUUCAUCCACUUCAGUUAUAACAAGUUCAAACUCUGUGUCUCUCACACAAACACACUCUGGCUGGAAGAACCGAACAUCUCAAGAGGGUCUGUAAUCCUGGUCAUCGGUCCGACUGCGUUUUAUUAACUAGUUUGGCCUUGUAACACAUGCUCGCACACUCCUGCAGCGCAACAAGAGCUGAUUGUUUUCGUGACAACAUGGGGAAAGCCAGAGAGCAUGAGAAAAGAGCUCACAUGGUAAAGAACAUCAACAUGACUCAUAUCCCAUAAUUCAAUCUCACUUGCUAUAGCAUAUCUCUCUCAUUCUAUUCCGGUGUCUGUUUUCUUGCUCACUGUAACGAAAUGACAUUGUCAUGAGAUUAAGACCAAUUGAGUAGAUUAGAAUUGAUUUUGAAAUUUUCCGAUUAGAUUAGAUUAGAUUAGUCAAUGUUCAUGCGGCUUCUUUCCGUACCACAAAAGCCCCAAAAAGUGUUUGAACACUUAAGAUGCACUUAAUGUAUGAUUUUCAAUGCAUUGUAUAACAGAACACCAAACCAAGUUAUCUUUAAAGCACAAACACAUUUUUCAAGUUUCAAGUUUAUUUGGUUUCAAAUGAUAAAAUAAUAGAUAUAUUGUACACAAUGGAUUGGAGACAUUGUGGUUUUAUGAUAUAUUAAAUAAGACCCUUUUAUGCUAUUUUGGAAUAACUUGAAUAACGCGAGGUCAGACAGUCCUGAAAAUCCCACGUUGACUCAUUGUGCAUCACUCUGUCCAGAGCAGAAUCAGGUACUGGCAGUGGAAAUCUCAAGCUCCUCUCCAUGUAACUUUCUCUUGGUCUCCAUCAAUGCGUGCGCUGUCAAAUGUUGUCGUAAAGCAUGACUGCCAACUCAUAACCACACGAGGUCAGUAAUGUCAGCCUGGCUAUCAUCAACCACAGAGCGACUGUAACAAAGGGGCCUCUCAUGCGGACAGACAUGCUGCUCUUUAUGGCCUAUAGAGAGUGUUGUCUGUCAAACUUCAGUCAAAGCCCACUCUUGAGUCACAGAUACUUUCACACACUAAAUGGCCCCCAGUGUCAUUAACUUCAAGUCUUGACUCAUAAAGCAGGUCUGAGUGUGCAGUGAUUUACAAAACAACCUCUGGAAUCAUCCGAAUACCACAACUGAGAGCAAGGAAUCUUCGUGGCACGAAAAGCAAAGGAUGACUAAUGGUUUAUGCACAUUUUAAAUACAGCUUAUAUGUUUUUUUUUCUCUCUCUUGAUUGGUAAUAAUCAAAAUCAUGUAA